AUCUACAUGCACUUGUUAGGAUCUUUCAGCUGCACCUGGCUGAGAUGGCAGAGCAGGAAAUCAGGGAUAAAUGUGCCAGGACAGUCUCUGCCCGUUCCUGCCCUAGAGAUGAUAUCAUUUUUACUUGAAAUUGAGAAUCUGAAGAGUCAGUAUGAGAAAAUGAUCUCUGAUUUAAUACGAUGGAUACAGCAAAAAGUGAUAGAAAUGAAUGACCGUCAUUUCCCCAAUACCAUAUCUGAAAUGUUGAAGCUUAUGGGCAACUUUAAGACCUUCCGUACAGUUGAGAAGCCCCCUAAAUACCAGGAAAGAGGCUUAAUAGAAGCACAUUUCUUUAACAUUCGGACAAAGCUUCGUGGUAACAACCUUCGUCCAUAUUUUCCACCUGAUGGGAAGUCACUUAGUGACUUAGAAAAAUAUUGGAUGAUCUUGGAGAAAGCUGAAUAUGAGCGUGAGAAAGCUCUCCAGCUGGAACUUCUAAGGCUAGAACGUUUAGAACAGCUAGCUCAGACGUUCCAUAAAAAAGCCUACCUCCGUGGAACAUAUCUGUUGGACAUGAGACAGGUCAUUGAGCGCCAAGACUUCCGGCCAAACAGCAUCACUCAGGUUGAGGCUGCCACCAAGAAGCUAGAAGCUAUUGAAGCAGAUAUAUUGCCACGUGAAAUGCGUUUCAGGUCUCUGGCAGACAUAGCCAGCAUUUUGGAGAAGGAGAAUUACUACAAAAAGGCAGAGAUUAUAAUGAAGCAACAAGAUUUGUCACGGGGGUGGCAUGAUCUGAUAGAACAAGUGAAAAAAUACAAAGAUUUAUUAAGAGAUAAAAGGCACAUACUGGUCCUACUAAGUGACAUUGAUACAGUUAAUGAAGAGCUAAAAUUAAUGCAGGAGUUAGUUGGAUCUAAGGACUACGGAAAGCAGUUGCCAGAGGUAGAAGACUUGUUUCAAAAGCACAAGUUGUCUGAAGCCCAGAUCUUGUCUUAUGGUGAGAGAGUCCAGCAGAUCUUGAGGAUGGCUGAAGGAAUUACUAAGGGUAAAACAAGCAAUGUAGAUGUCCUACAGGCGAAGGUGAACAAUCUCCAUCAACUUUAUCAGAAUUUGUUGUCGCUUAGCAAAACAAGGCGUCUGAGGCUUGAGGAAACUUUGAAGCUAUAUGAGUUUUUCCGUGACUGUGGGGAGGAGGAAUCAUGGAUCCAUGAAAAAUGGCAAGUGCUGCAUUUGUCGGGCACUGGAAGAGAACUGAAUCACAUUACAGCGCUGAUUACAAAAAAUAAGGCUUUGGAAGCAGAAAUCUAUUCUCGUCAGCCCAUCUUGGCUAAAGUGGUGAGGAAUGGUAAAGAGCUGUGCCAACAACUUCAUACAGAUCAAGGGGAGAUUCAGAAACGAAUAGACAAUAUUCAGAAGCAGUGGCAGCUACUGCAGGAAGAGGUGAAGAGUUGCAAAGUUCGACUAGAGGUUGCAGCACUCAUCAAACAGUACUUUGCAGAUGCCAAUGAAGCAGAUUCAUGGCUGAGAGAACGUUUGCCUCUCCUUACCAGUGAGGAUUAUGGAAAAGAUGAGUCAAGUGCUGAAGCUAUUUUGAAAAGACACCUUCGUCUGCAAAAAGAAAUCACAGCUUAUGCCAUGGAAGUGAGACGUCUGGAAGACCAGGCUCAGACCGCGGCCAGUAAACCACCUCUCAUUGAGCGGCAAAAGAAACCAGUAAUCGUAGUGGUAACCCAAGAAAGAAGCAGACCCUUAAAGAGAGGUUACACACCCCAGAGUACCUACACAGAGACUGAGGAGCCAAGGCAAGACCCUCACAUGGAUCCAGCACACAUCUUAGCUACACAGAAGGAGAUAGAAUCUUCAUAUGAAAAUCUGCAAGAUCUGGCUAAGAAAAGGAAGAAAUCACUGGAAGAGAUGAUCCGUCUGUAUCAGUUUUACAGCUACUGUGGGGAGUUCCAGUCUUGGAUGGAGGAUAAAGAGCUCAUUUUUCAGACAUUCCAGCCAAAUGCUGAUAAUGUAGAGGCUAUGCAGCAAAAAUAUGAGAACUUUCUAACAGAUCUUGCAGCAGGGAAAGCUCGUCUCAAUGAGAUAAACAGCAAAGCGGAAGAAUUGGUGGCUUGUGCUCCCGACAAGAAGAAAGAGAUCCAGGAAUACCAGAGAUCUAUUAGUAAGAGUUGGAAUCAUCUGGAAGUCUUGAAGGAGCAGAAAGCUGCAGAGCUGAUAGGACUAGCAGAUGCAAAGACUUUACUCCAGCACUGUCAGAACACCGAGGCGCUCAUACAGGAGAAGAUGCGUGAACUUCAGGGUUCUGAACCUGGCAGUGCGCCUGGAACACUUGAGUCUGAGGAACGUCAACUGAACGCACAUGAGCGGGACAUUGAUGUACUGGAGAGGAAAAUUGCCUACCUGAAAAGUGUGGAGGAAUCCCUCAGACACACAAAUCCUGAAGAGAGCCGGGCUAUCAGGAAGCAAGUGGAGGAAAUGGAGAGACUUCUUGUACAACUGAAGCAGCAGGCUCAGGAGAAAAGGGACAAACUGAAUGUGGCCAAAGAUCAGAAGAAUUUCCUGCAGAACAGUCGGAGGCAGCUUCUGUGGGUGCAGGAAAUUAAAGACAAGCUGAUGAGUGAGGAAAUGGGCAUCGACGUAACAUCUGCUGAGCAGCUUCUCCGAGAACACCAGUACCUGUUGAAAGAGAUCAUUGGGCAGAGAGACAGAAUCAUUGAGCUCCAACAGAUGGGACAAGCUGCUUUGCGUCAAGAAUCAAGUCAGACCCCAGAUGUCCGUGAAGCUCUGCUGAACCUCACCCAGGAGUACAAUGUGCUUAGCGACUUGUGGGUUGAAAGGAAAAACAAACUGGAGCAGGGCUUGGAGCUACAGAGGUUCCAGAGAGAAGCGGACAGUAUUAAUGCAGCUUUGUCUAGCCAUGAAGCAUUCUUGCGUGUGGACAACCUUGGGGAUGAUUUGGAUACCGUUCAAAGUCUCCUGAACAGGCAUAACCAGUUUGUGAAACUUCUAGCUGCUCUGAGGAGUCGUGUGGAUAGUCUGAAAGACCGCGAGGAAUCACUAGUGCAGAAUGGCCACUUCGCUAGUAACACGAUAAAGCAAAGAGUGUCUGACACACAGAAGAGGUUGGAGAAUGUAAACCGUAAAUCUGACGAUAGACAACAACGCCUCUUAGAUUCAUUGAGACUUCAGGAAUUUAACCGAGAUGCCACUGAACUAUUAGUGUGGAUGGAGGAAAAGUAUAAGAUUGCUCAAGAUGAGUCUUAUAGAGAUCUUACAAAUAUCCUUCGAAAACUGAAAUGGCACGAAGCUGCAGAAAAAGAGAUGGAGGCAAAUCAAGUGCGCUUUGAUGACUUUAUAAAGGUGGGAAAACAGAUGGUGAAAGAAAACCAUUUUGCCAAAGACGCCGUUCAGUCAAAGAUGAUAGAAUUAACCAGGAAAUGGGAAAAUUUAAAUAAUAAGAUGUCAGAAAGAGGAGCCAAACUACGGCAGGCUGGACAGGAAGAGCAACUCAUGGAGCUUCUUCAGGAUGCCAAAGUAAAGAUUGAAAAGAUUGAAAAAGUCCUACAAUCCCCAGAAUCUGGUCAUGACCUGAGAACGAGCAGGGAUCUGCUAAAGGAACAUCAUCAGCUGGAGAACGAGAGCCAUGAACUUGCAGACAAAAUGAACUCUAUAGUCUCCCAUGCAAAAAGAAUGGCCACCAAUCAUUUCAAUUCCAAGAAAAUAAUGGAUGAGACCAUGAAAUAUCUUCGAAGGUUCGAAUCUCUUCAGGAGCCUUUGACCAAAAGACGUGAACUCCUUCAAGCCAAGGUCAAUCAGUAUGAAUUCUAUCAUUACCAUGAUCUGGAGAUGACAUGGAUUGGAGAUAGAGUGCCAACUGCCAGCUCUACACACUAUGGAAAAUCAUUGGAUGCUGCUCAAAGCUUGCUACAGAAACACAAGGAGUUACAAGCUGAGGUGAAUGCCCACUCACAGCAAUUGCAGAAAGUAAUGGAAAUGGGCAAACACUUAAUUGAGCGAAAUCAUCCAGAUUCCCGAAAUAUAUCUAUGAAAAACAAGGAGCUACAUGAUGCAUGGUCAAAUUUAGAGAAGGCCUGUGAGGAGAGAAUGAAGAAUCUGCAGAAAUCUGUCAUCUUACAGCAGUUCAUUCUCGAUGUGUCAGAUAUGGAGAGCUGGAUUGCAGAAAAACUUCCAUUAGUAAGCAGCAAAGAUGUGGGUAAAGAGGAAGUGACCACACACAAGCUGAUGAAGAAGCACAAGGACAUCCAGCAGGAGAUUGAUUUGUAUCAGAACUUGGCUUCGGAGCUGGGCCACACUGGAGAGAAUUUGUCUCUUCCUUCAACCUUCCAAUAUGAUGAGGUGGAUGCACCAGUAAGAAAAAUCAGUUCUCAAAUGAGAGACCUUCAGGACCUUGCUACAGUCAGAUGGGGGAAGCUGGAGGAGACAUUGGCUUUGCAUGAGUACUUUAGAGAGUCAGGGGAACUGCAUAAAUGGAUAAACCAACAAAGGCAGAUGGCUAGUUCUGAUGACUAUGGCAAUGAUUAUGAACAAGUCCUGAACUUGCAGGCGAAGUUUAGCACCUUCCAGCACCAGAAGGAUACGGCUGGUCAGAGAAUGUCUGCCUGCCAGCAUCUUGCUGAUACCCUGCUGGACCGAGGACACUCAGAAUCAAUGCAAAUUCUUCAAAGGCAAAAGGAGCUGCGUGCAUCAUGGGAAGAGCUUCAUCAACUAACAAGAGAGAGAGGAAAACGUCUGCAAGAUGCUGAAGCUGUAUACAAAUCCUUAUGGGACCUUAAAGAGGCUCUUGCUCAGAUAGAGGAAAAAUCCAAAAGUGUUCCUGAUGACAUUGCCAAAGACCUUAGUGGCGUUCAGUCCCAGCUGCGUAAACAUGAGGCUCUCGAACACGAGUUGUCUGGUAAUGAACAGCAGCUACAAGAACUAAUCGAUGGCGCAGAUGAAGCUCUAUACAAGUGCACUCCCAGCCAGCACUCAUCUCUACAGCACAAACAGCAGGAAGUGGUUGACAACUGGGAAAGGCUGAAAACUAAAGUAGAACAAAGAAGGACCUCUCUGGAGCAGGCCUGCAAACUCUACCUCUUUUUAACUGCUGUCCGAGAUUAUUCCUCUUGGGCUGAGGAGAUGAUUCGAGGGAUGCAAGCAGAGGAGACAAUCCGAGGGGCUCUGGCAAGUAGUGAGAAGCUUAAGGGACAUCAAGAUCUGAAGCUUCAAAUUGACGCCCACCAUGAAACCUACAACAGGGCAGUCAGUUUGGGACAAUCUAUUCUUCAGGAAGGAAAAGUGCCAGCUACACAGAUCAAUGAAAAACUUCAAGCUCUUGUAGAAGAGAACAGAAAGCUGUACCAGCAAUGGGAGACGAAGAGACGGCUAUUGGAACAGGUGCACCAGGAACAAGUCUUUUACAGAGACAUCGAUCACAUGGAGAAGAUUCUCAACUCACAGGAGGUUUCUUUGAAGUCAAGUGACCUUGGGACCUCUGCUGGCGAAAUAGAGCAGCUGAUAAAAAAACAUGAGGCUUUUGAGAAGCUUUUUUCAUCUCAGGAGGAAAAGGUAACAGCUUUGCAGGACCAGGCAGCCAAACUUCAGGAUGACAGCAGGAGGGCAGAGGGGAGGCAGGUGCAGCACAAACUCAGAUCCAUCAUGGAGAGGAGGAACAUUGUGAAAGGCCUCAGCCAGACCCGACAAGAGGAGCUGGCUACUGCACUUUUGCUGGCUCUCUUCAACCAGAACCUGACAGAGGCACAAUACUGGAUCAAUGAACGCAUGCAGAAGUUGGAUGACAAUCCUCACCAGGGUCCUAUGGACCUGCAGAGCAAGCUGAAGCUCUUGCAAAAGCACCAGGUCUUUGAAGCAGAGAUCCUAGCGCAUGAGAAGAAUAUUCAGGAUGUGACUGAGAAAGGAAACUCAUUGUUGUCUCAGCAACACCCCAAAUCCACUGAAAUUCGUCGGAAGAGCAGAGAGCUGCAUGAAGAAUGGGAAAAGCUAAAGAGAGCUGUAGCUACGCGGGGGAAAAUGCUGGAGGAUAUGAGGGAUUUUUUGGAAUUCCUGCAGAAGGUGGAUCAGGUGGAAGCCUGGAUCAGAGAGAAGGAAGUGAUGAUCAACAUCGGGGAUUUAGGAGAAGACUAUGAGCACUGUCUGCAGCUGACUAGAAAGCUGAAUGAAUUCCGGGGAGCAGGUUCUGGUGAGGUGACUGUAGAUGAUGCCCACAUAAAAGCCAUCAAUGCUCUGGCCAUGAAGCUAGAGAGGCAGAACAAAGAAGAAGUGAAGACUAUUAGCCAACGCAGGCAACAGCUCAAUCAAAAAUGGAACAGUUUCCAUGGAGGUCUAAAUAACUACCGCAGAGCCCUCGAGGGAGCCUUGGAAAUUCAUGCCUUAAUCCGAGAAAUUAAUGAUGUUAAUGAGAGAAUCACUGAAAAGAGUGUUCUUAUGCAAGCCUUUGAUUAUGGGAAGGAUGUGGAGAGUGUUGCAAACCUCAUCAGGAGACAUGAAGAACUUGAACGGGAGAUAAAGGUCAUUGAGUCUCAGAAACAGACUUUGCAUAAAGAAGCCAACCGCUUAUCAGGAAGGAAUCAAUCAAUGAAGGAACAUCUGGCUUCAAAGCAAGGAGAGAUGGCAGACAACUGGCAAAAACUGCAGCUACAAGCCAAAGAGAGGAAGGAAAAGUUGGAUGCUGCUUACCAUCUGCAAAGGUUCAACUCAGACAUCCGAGAGCUAAUGAACUGGAUGCAAAAACUCCAAGCUCUAAUGGAAGGAAGCAGUUUGCCAAAAACCUCAGUGGAUGUCAAAACUAGGAUUGAGGAACAUCAGGAAAGAAAGGCCGAGAUCGAGGCUCGAGCAGAGAGAUAUAACUCAGUGAAGAUUUCUGGUCAGAAGCUGUGUAACUCUGGACAUUAUGCUUCUGAAGAAAUACGUUCUUCCCUUUCCAAAGUGGAAGAGACCUGGGACAAACUUGUGAAUGCCUGGAGAGAACAGAACCUGAAGCUGUGCCAGGCCCGUGAUCUGCAGUCAUUUUUCAGCAUCGUGGAUCAGGUGGAGAGUUGGCUCAACAGUAAAGAGACUUUCCUGGCUUACGAUGACCUGGGGGACUCUGUGGCCAGUGUUGAAAGUCUUCAGCGCAAACAUGAGAAAUUUCAGAAAGCUCUUGAAGCGCAGAUGGUGAAAAUUGAUGAAAUGGAAGCAUUUGCCCAAGAGCUGGUUCUGAACCAGCAUUAUGAUUCAGACAACAUCACCAGUAAAUGUCAGUCUGUGCUAGAAAGGAAAAAGAAACUCCUGCAUAAAGUUGAAUCUCGUACCAAAAAGUUAGAGGAAUCCAGACAGCUACAGAAAUUCCUAAGGUGCUCUUAUGAGGUGGGUGCCUGGAUGUUGGAGAAGAACAGCAUUGCUCAGGAUGAAAGCUGGCAGGACCCCAGCAACUUGCAGGCAAAAAUACAAAAGCAUCAGACCUUUGAGGCUGAGAUCAGAGCAAACAGGAACCACCUGGACAGCAUUAAAGAUGAUGGAGAGAAGAUGUUGCAGGAGGAUCAUUACGCCUCUGAAGUUAUACCCACCAGACUGCGGGAAAUGGAAGAGCUGUGGACAGAGCUUUUGGAGAAAUGCACUGAGAAGGGAACAAAGCUGCAAGAGGCCUACAAGGCACUGCAAUUCCAGAGGAUCCUUGAAGACAUGGAAAAAUGGCUGGACCAGACAGAAGCUAAGUUAGGAGCAGCCAAUUCUGGAAAAGAUCUGAUGACUAUAGAAACACUUGGAGAGUUGGAGGAAGAUAUCUCAAGCCAUGGAGAAAGAUUGCAACUAUUAGCAAACAAAACCCGUGAAUUUAGGAAAGAGAAACACUUCUUAGCAGAUGAACUAGAAGACAGAGUUAGGAUUCUUAUACAUAGAUAUAAAAGUCUUAGUCAGCCUUUACAAGAGUGCAGGGCAACCUUUGAAGCCAAAAAGUUGCUUGAUCAAUUCUUCCAAGAUCUUGAUGAUGAAUUAGGGUGGAUACAGGAAAAGAUGCCCCUGGCUUCAUCUAAGGAAUGUGGACAGUCAUUGACAACAGUUCAGUCUUUACUAGAAAAGCAUCAGAAUUUAGAAAAUGAAAUCAACAGCAGAGAAGCUUUGACAAAAGCUGUGAUGGGCACUGGGCGUAAGCUGGUAAGAGCCAACCAUUUUGCUAGCCGUGAAAUCGAUGAACGUUUACAGCAGCUUGAAGUAGCUGCAGAAACAUUAAAAGCUGAAGCUGAACGCAGGAGAAAAAGAUUAUUGCAGGCUUGUGAGGCCCAACAGUUUCUUACAGAGCUCUUAGAGGCUGAAUCGUGGAUGGCAGAUAGGGGAUUUGUAAUAAACGCCACUGAUUGUGGAAAAAAUGAGGAAUCCACACAAGCUCUGCUCCGGAAACUGGAUACCACCAUACGGGACCUUGAGGGCUUCAUGCCAAGAAUCAGUAAAUUAAGAGAUACGGGGAAGAGCCUACAGAGUGAUAGUGAUAAUCAAGAGAGUUCCAUAGUGAUUUCCAAGCUGCAGGCUGUGUUGGAAGAGUAUCAGUCUCUGCUACAGAAAGCCCAGAUACGGAGGACCCAGCUGCAGGAGCAGCACCAGUUUUUCCAGUUCCAGAGAGAAGCAGAUGUAGUAGAUGCAUGGUUAGCUAGCAAGAAGACUUCUGCAGAAUCUGAUAACUUUGGGCAAGAUCUGGAGGGCAUUAAGAUUUUAGAAAAAGAGUUUGAAAACUUUGUGAAGGAAGUUGAAACUAUUGGGCAGAGCAAAGUGGUUGGUAUUAGCGAACUUGUCUCCAAUCUGCUAAAGGAAUCACAUAGCCAGGCUAACAAUAUCCAUAAGCGAACUGAAGACAUAAGAAAGUCUUGGGAAAGUCUAUGUCACGCUAUUGAGAACAGAGCCAAGAUCUUGGCAACUGCUCACCAAGUCCAUCAGUUUGACCAUGAGGUUGAUGAGCUCAUGAGCUGGAUGCAAGAGAAAGAAGUGGCAGUGGACACAGAUGACUAUGGCUAUGAUCUUCCAGGGGUGCAGACCCUACUAAGCCAUCAUGAAGGCUUUGAGAGAGAUCUUGCUGCUAUUAGAAAAGAAGUUGAACGAAUUGCCAAGGUGGGACAGUAUAUAUGCCAGCUGCACCCACCUGUACAGAAGAAUGUGGCAGAGAAAAUGGAAGAAGUCUCCCAGAGCUGGGGGAGUCUGUUUAAAAAAUCCCAGGAGAGGAAGGAGAAACUCAAACAAGCUGAGCACGUCCAUCUGUAUUUCAGUGACUGUGGAGAGCUCAUAGUUUGGGCAAAAGAGAUGCAUGCUCUUGUCACCUCAGAGGAACUAGCAAAUGAUGUCCCUGGUGCUGAAUUAUUGAUCAAACGUCAUGAGGAAUAUAAGCGUGAGAUUGACAAGCAGUGGGCAAAGUAUGAAGAACUGCAGAGAAUGGGGAAAGCUCUGAUUGAGAAUAGACACUUCAUGUCUUUUGAGAUUGAAGAGAAGGUCCGUGAGCUGACCGACUUGAUGCACAACCUGUCUGAGAGCUGGAGGAGAAGGAAGGAGCUCUAUGAAGAGAGGCUGGAGAUUGAAAUUCUGAGGAGAGACUUGGAUCAGGCUGAUGGGUGGCUCAGUGCUCGGGAACCAUAUCUUAAGGACGCCAACUAUGGAGACUCUGUGGCCAUCGUUGAAGAACUUCUGAAGAAACAGGAAGACUUUGAAAAAAUGCUGGCAGCCCAGGAAGAGAAGUUUGCUUUACUGAAAAGGAAAACAAAGAAGGAACAGAAUCUGCUGAGACAAAUUGAUACGGAAGAGAAAGAGGCAAAGAAACCAGAGCCCUUUAUAAGGAUACCUUCUCUGAAAAGGAAACAAUCUGACAGAAGAGUGCUCCCCCCAAAACUGCAAGAACGGGGAUCUGCAAAGAAUAUUCCCACGAGACCCCAGCUGGAGACCAUAUACUCCCCCUUUCUAAAGCCUGAAGACAACUCAGAGAUUAUUCAUGUGUGGGACAACAUAGACAUAAAAACCAGCAACAUAGAUAUGUCAAAUGCGCAAGAAAAUCACAGUAAAGUAGAGACACCAGCCUCCGAAACGCUUGUGGAUCUUCUGAUACCCUCAUUAGAAUCUACUUCUGCAACUUCAGAUUUACCCCCUAAGACUACAGACCAAGCACCUGUCAUCAUUGUAACACAGUCUAAGCUGAGCCCAAAUUUCCCAACUGCAGAAACGAGUGAAAUCAACACAUCCUUAACCGUUCAGCAGAAGACUCUUCCUCAAUCUUCAAAUGAUCAUCAGUCUCCUCCAUCAACACCUUUAACUCCUACACUGUCUGAAGUGGGAUCAAACAUUGUUUUAAGUGCAUCAUAUGAUAGACCAGUAAAGGGAUUUCUGGAGACCAGACAACACCUGCUGCCUGGAGGGAAGGUGAAUUCAUCUGUUCUAUGGCAGUCUUACUUUGUCACCCUGCACGGAGACACCCUGAGCUUUUACAAUGCAACAAAGGAUGAAGCCAAGAAUCAAACUGCAAUACCAUCCGUGAGUACCAAUGAUGCCACCUGUGAAAGAAUGAAGGAUUCCUUUAAAAAUGCAAACAGUUUUAUUUUGAGGUUAUCAGAUGGGUCCGAAUUUUACUUAUCCGCUCCUUCAAUCCGAAAAAUGGAAAUAUGGAUACAAGCAAUAGAGAAAAAGAGAGAAUCUCCUGAUCCACAGAAGAAGGAGCCAUCAGCUUAUACUUCCAUUCAUGAGAUUCCAAUGAGGACUUUAUCUUUUCUGCCAGAGACUAAUGGUGACACCUUUAUUGCCAGCAGAGCAUUUGUAAGCUCAGAGAAAAGUGAAUUGAACGAGGCCCAUACCCCAGAUAUAAUGGAUGUGAAUGAUGGAAAAGAUAAAUCAAAAAAGGAGAAAAAUGUGUUCAAAAAGCUUUUCCACAAGAAAUAACACUACCUCAUCACAUGGGACCUGCUCUGUUUAAACAAAUCUAUUGUUAUUGACAUCUGCACAAACACUGAGGCACUUGUAAACUGUGACAAUUCUAAAAUUUUCUGUACAGAAUUACAUAUGUUUUUAGGUUCAUUGUUUUGCCAGUCUUACUUGUAGGCCUGCUCAUACGACCAGCUAGGCCUUUACAUAUUAAAGGGAUAUUACAGUCUGUUUCAUUGUUGUAAUGACAUAAAGCGCUUUAGAAGUGGGUUAUACUUAAUAGAAAUAAUUGCAAUAUGUAUUAUUCACCAUUUUUAAAGGAUUUUAAUUUUAUUUAUUUUAUUUUUUUUAGCAUCAUUUUUGAAAGAUGCGUUAUUUCCUGUCACAACCACACAAAGAUGUUGUGGUUUCAACAGGAAGGCAAGCUUUUCUUUUGAAGUGUUGCUAGGAGACUUCUGCUCUAGUUGCAAUCAGUUUAUUGCCAAUGCUCAGUAGACAACUUUUACUGCAAACAUCAUGUGACAGUAGAACAUAAGUUUGAUCAUGGUAGCACUCUUAUCUAAUUGUAGGCAGGGCCUACACUGAGAAUGUCUUAAGUUCUCUUUUAGCAUUAAAAGAAGUAAGUUGUUUAUUUUGAACGCAAUCUGUUUCUUUUUAUGUUUACUGAUUUAGCUUUUUCUUUCUUUCUUUUUUUAAAGGGGCACUGUUUAAUAUCCCUUUAAUUUCAUCAUGGAUUUUAAAAAGUAAAAAAAAAAACUGUAUGUGGACUGUAAUUAAUUUUUCCCUUCCCGAUGUCUGUCACAGGUACCUCAAAAGCCAUGCUUAAUGACGAGGCAACAUAACUUUUCAAAAUCUAAAUAUUUACACAUAUUUAUUUUGAAUGAAUUAUUGUAAGAUUUUAUACAGAUAUGCAUUGAGUGCAACUCAGGACACAAUAGUAAUUCUUUAAUUAAUUGUGUUCAUCUGGCUGAGUGUUACAGCAAUGCUCAGUGUUAUUGUUAACAUAAAUUAAUUAUCUUGAAAAAAAUGACUGUAAACAUUAAAUGCAUUCCAGUAACAAUAUGUAUAAUUGUGAAAAUAUGAAGCAAUAUUUUAUUUUAAUAAACAGAUUUUUAAUAACACAA